ACCGCCGCUAACAACCACAGCAUCAAAGACCGCCCCAAACAGCGACAGCAUCAAAGACCGCCCCAAACAACGACAGCAUCAAAGACCGCCCCAAACAGCCACACCAUCAAAGACCGCCCCAAACAGCGACAGCAUCAUAGACCGCCCCAAACAGCGACAGCAUCAUAGACCGCCCCAAACAGCCACACCAUCAAAGACCGCCCCAAACAGCGACAGCAUCAAAGACCGCCCCAAACAGCGACAGCAUCAUAGACCGCCCCAAACAGCCACACCAUCAAAGACCGCCCCAAACAGCCACAUCAUCAAAGACCGCCCCAAACAGCCACAGCAUCAAAGACCGCCCCAAACAGCCACACCAUCAAAGACCGCCCCAAACAGCCACACCAUCAAAGACCGCCCCAAACAGCCACACCAUCAAAGACCGCCCCAAACAGCCACACCAUCAAAGACCGCCCCAAACAGCCACAGCAUCAAAGACCGCCCAAACAGCCACAGCAUCAAAGACCGCCCCAAACAGCGACACCAUCAAAGACCGCCCCAAACAGCCACACCAUCAAAGACCGCCCCAAACAGCCACACCAUCAAAGACCGCCCCAAACAGCGACAGCAUCAUAGACCGCCCCAAACAGCCACAGCAUCAAAGACCGCCCCAAACAGCCACACCAUCAAAGACCGCCCCAAACAGCCACAGCAUCAAAGACCGCCCCAAACAGCCACACCAUCAAAGACCGCCCCAAACAGCCACACCAUCAAAGACCGCCCCAAACAGCCACACCAUCAAAGACCGCCCCAAACAGCGACACCAUCAAAGGCCGCCCCAAACAGCGACAGCAUCAAAGACCGCCCCAAACAGCCACACCAUCAAAGACCGCCCCAAACAGCCACACCAUCAAAGACCGCCCCGCAAGCAAGGUAA